AUGGAGAACCAAAGCAUGUCUGGAUUCAUCCUCCUGGGUUUCUCUGUUGGGCGUCCAUCGGAGCUCCUACUUGCCUUCCUCUUCUUCAUCAUUUACAUUGGAGCCUUGGGAGGCAAUUCCAUCAUCCUCUGCAUUGUACUGUCAGAUAGCCGCCUACGUACUCCAAUGUACUUCUUCCUUGGCAAUUUCUCCAUCCUUGACAUCUUCUUCACCUCCGUCACCAGCCCUCAAUUGAUCUGGAGCCUCCUCUCUGGGGACAAGUCUAUCUCUUUCGCUGGUUGCAUGGCACAAACGUAUUUCUAUUUCUUCCUUGGGACAGUAGAGUUUCUUCUGUUGACCUCCAUGUCUUAUGACCGCUAUGCUGCCAUAUGCAACCCAUUGCAAUAUCAUGCCAUCAUGAGCAGCCAGGUCUGCAUCCAGAUGGUAUUGGGUUGUUGGUUGGGUGGGUUCUUCUCCGUUCUUUUUCCCAUCAUCAUGAUCAGCAGACUAUCCUACUGCAAGUCCAACAUCAUCAACCAUUUCUUUUGUGAUAGUGGCCCCCUGCUAAAUCUUUCCUGCAAUGACACCCACCUCAUAGAGUUGAUGGACUUUGUGCUGUCGUCUGUGGUGAUCCUCUGCUCUUCCGUCUUAACGCUGGUUUCUUACAUAUGUAUCAUCACAGCCAUAAUGCGUAUCUCCACUACUACAGGUCGGGCAAAAGUCUUCAAUACUUGCGCUACCCACCUGACCAUGAUCUCUGUCACCUCUGGUGUCAGCAUCUUUAUGUACGUCACGCCAUCCCAAAAGAAGACCCUUGAUGUCCGUAAGAUCCCUGCCCUUCUCACCACAAUUGUCUGUCCAUUUCUGAACCCUUUCGUCUUCACCCUGAAAAAUGAUCUGGUCAAAGAAGUAAUAAGAGACAUGUUGAGCCGAGUUCUUACAUUAAUUUUGACUUAG